CUUCCUGAAAAUAGUUCCAUUAAGUACCGAUUUUGUUUGUUACCGUUUGCUUCAUUUAAACACGUCUUCAACGGGAUCCUCGCUAUAAUCGUGCAUUGUAGUUAAACGUGAUACUGUUAUUUUUCUGUUGCGUCGGACGCCAAGUGCUGUUACGCAUGUCAAAUAUCCCUCCGCCAUUUUUUGUCCCCUUUCAGACUGUUUUGGUCUUUUCGAUGUUAGCAACGGAAACAGCCCGAGACAGCACUAAAAGCAAAAAUUCCGAUUACAAAAUCAUUUCAGUUGGAUUAACGCAGCGCGUUGGCAAGAGGUUCAGCGCCGACAUUUAUUUCAGCAGAGCCGUUACCAGGGGAAGACACAGUGGUAAAGGUCCCGCAGCGGUCAUUUUCAAUGGCGUGUAUGCAAACAUGAGGAUGGUCCAUGUCUUGACAUCAGUUGUGGGGACCAAGUGUGAACUGAAGGUGAAAAACGGAGUGGUCUAUGAGGGAGUGUUCAAGACUUACGGUCCAGAGUGUGACCUGGUGUUGGAUGCAGCCCACAGGAAGAGCCCAGAACCGAGCACGGGCCCCAAGAAAGAGGACAUUGUGGAGAGCAUUGUCUUCAAGGCUUCCGAUGUUGUCUCAGUGUCCUUCAAAGAUGUUGAUCUUAACUUUGCCAGGAAAGUUUCCUCAGACACAGAGCAUAAAGGUGUAUCCUUGCGUGUCUCAGAUAACUUCACAGACUCCGCAGUGAGUGGCAGGAUCAAUGGCGAGCACAAAGAGAAAGAUCUCGAGCCGUGGGACGGCGGCGAGACCCACAAUUCCGACAGUCUCGAGUCCCUGGAUACAGAUGUGUCAAACGGAUGGGACCCCAAUGACAUGUUCAAGUACAACGAGGAAAAAUAUGGUGUCUUGUCGACAUAUGACAGCAGCCUGUCCACAUAUACUGUCCCCCUCGAGCGUGACAACUCCGAAGAGUUCCUCAAGAGGGAAGCGCGCGCCGCCCAGCUGGCCGAAGAGAUAGAAGCCAGCUCUACAUACAAGGCCCGCGUGGCCCUCGAGAACGACGAGCGCUCAGAGGAAGAUAAAUUCACCGCGGUGGUGAGAGGUGAAAGAGAGAUGCACUCAUUGAGCAGGGAGAACAAAUACAUUCCCCCGGGCCAGAGAAACAGGGAGGCCAUGUCAUGGGGGCCCGGACGUCAGAAUUCCCCACGUCUGACUCCGAACUCAGCCGGGCCGUCGGCGCCUCGCGCGGGACUGCAUGACUACAAUCAAAGCCCAGGGGGCGACCAGAGGGUGGUGAACGGAGGUUCAUCCCAUUGGCCCUCACCCUGUCCAUCUUCUUCCUCCCGUCCCCUUCCUCGCUACCAGUCCGGCCCCUCCUCCCUGCCUCCUCGGGCCACCACGCCCACCAGGCCACCCUCCAGACCCCCCUCUCGACCUUCCAGACCUCCCUCUCAUUCAUCCCAUCCCUCCUUUCCCUCCCCUUCGUCAUCCUCUUCUUCCUCCUCAUCUCCCUUUCCCCUCCACGGGCCCUCGUCACCGGCCUCCACUCUGCCCAAACGCAUGUCUUCAGAAGGUCCGCCGCGGAUGUCUCCGAAAUCCCAAAGGACACCCCGUGCUCACAGAGUGCCCCCCAGCAGGACCACUAGUAUGCCGCCGGGGGUGGAUCUCAUUUCUCACACUACGCCUGGCGACGUCUCGGUGACUCCUUCCAACAGAGGCAACUCCUCUGGAGGAACCUGGUCUUCUGUCGUUAGUGGAGCUCACAGACCUCGCUCCCCGCGUCAGAACAAUAUGUGUGGUGCCUCCCCUUCCUCCGCAUCUCUGCCUCAGACAGGAACGGCUCCCACCGAGUCUCUAGCCACACCGACGUCCGCUUCCUCCCCGACUGCUGCGAGCCCUGCUCCCAACAUGGUAGCCUCUCUGUCAGGAGACGGGAAAGAAAGUCGCGUCCACGAGACGAGACAAACAUCCCCCAAAGACGGCAUGAAGGAUAGUUCUUCCAGUAUCAACAGACCUGUGUGUAAAGGUCCCCCCUCCUUGGCGCCUGACCACAGGAAACAAAUAGACAAUUUAAAGAAAUUUAGUGAAGAUUUUAGGUUGCAGUCUAGUUCCAACCCGGAUCCUGCCAUGGACCUCGUGGUAACCAAGCCUCCAAGAGACUCUGCAGACAAGCCCAGCGACCUAGCCUCCUUGGACAAAGCAUCCUCAGUGGGCACCGAAGACCACGGCGGCGCCACCCCAUCCACGGGCGUUGUCAACACGAGUAAGCCCGGUAGCCCCACCGCGCUCUCCCCGUCUCCUUCUGGCCCGGAGCAGAAGAGGGCGGGCCUAGAUGUGACGUCGCAGGGGGUUCAGACGACGGCCGUAUCGACCUUUGGUGGGCCCAAGCAUGAAGAGAAGGAGGACAAGAAGGAGGCGGUGCAAGAUCAAGUAAGAAAGUCCACCUUAAACCCAAACGCCAACGAGUUCAAGCCAAGGUUCAAUGCUCAGCAGCCCAAACCAGCCAACACCCCGACACCCCCGCGACCUCAGGGCCAGCCUAGCCCCUCCAUCGUGGUCCAGCAGCCCCCCGCUGUCUAUGGCCAGCCGCUGUGCUUCCCCCAGAUGUAUCCUCUCACACCAGUUAGUCCCGGCGUACAGAAAAGCAUAAUAUGGAAGUCUCCUGCAAUGUACCAGGUUCAGAUGCCACACAUGACUGUCAACCAGUCUAAACCGUAUAGACCAGGUAAAGUGCCCAACAUGACCCAGCAGAGGUCGGACCAGCACCACCCGCCGGGCACACCCACCCUCAUGCACCCGGCCACGGCGGCAGGGCCGCCGAUCAUCACGCAGAGCCCGGCCUACUCCGCCCAGUACUUCACUUGCAGCCCUCAGCAGUUCCCCAGUCAGCAGCUGGUCCAGCAGAUGCCGCACUACCAGUCUCAGGCGCAGCACGUGUUCAGUCCUGUGAUGCAGGGCGGCGCCCGCAUGAUGGCGACGCAUGCCCACGGCCAGCCUGGCCUGGUGUCUUCCUCCACCACUCAGUACCCAGAGCAGACGCACACCAUGUAUGUGUCUCCUGGCCCCAUGUCCCAGCAGUACCCUCACCCGAGCGCCACUUUGCACCCUCACCCCCAGCACCCCCAGCCCUCAGCCACGCCCACAGGCCAGGGGCAGCAAGGGGGCCCGCCUCAGCACGGAGGCCCGCCCAACCACCCGGCUGCCAGCCCCGUGCAGCACCCACAGCACCCUCAGGCGGCAGCCGCAGCCGCCGCCGCCGCUGCUGCCCAGGCCCUCCACCUGGCCAACCAAUCCCAGCAGCCCAUGUACUCUGCUUUGGCCCCCACGCCACCCUCAAUGACGCCGGGCCCCAACCCGCAGUCCCCGCAGGCGUCUUUCCCGUCGGCACAGCAGACCGUCUACAUCCACCCGCAGCAGGUCCAGCACGGCUACAACCCCAACCAUAUGGCCCACGUGCAGCAGGCGCACAUGCAGUCAGGCAUGGUGCCAUCUCACCACGCGCCACCCACCCACCCUCCAAUGAUGCUGAUGGCCACGCAGGGCCCGCCGGGGGGCCCGCAGCCUCCCAUGGCACAGACGGCCCUUAACCACAUCCCCGUCUCUUCCACCACACCUUUCUCCUACCUGGCGCAUCCGCAAGUGCAGGCUCAUCACCAGCAGCAGCUGUAGAUGGCAGCUGUAGAUGGCAGAUAGAUGGCGCCAGAGAGCAGAAACGUCAUUUCUCGAAGAGGAUGAGGAUUCCUCCUUCUUCCCUCAUACCCCUUUCUCCUCCUCACCCGACAUGUUUCCCCAUCCAAUUCCUUCCCUCCUUUCGUCUUUCCCCAGACAAGGCAAUAAGAGAAUGUUAACAGGUUGACGAUGCAGUGAUGUGUUUUAAGAGAAAACUAAUCUAUGAACGAAGAAGAAUUAAACUGGAACUUUGUCUGCACCUUGUGUCGGGGUGAAAAGAAAAGCAACCCAUUUUUGGACAGUAUUAAUGUUACUGUUGUGUAUCGCUGAUGCUGCUGCUACAAGACUAAAGUGUCUAACCAAACUAAAAAACAGCCAGCGACAGGGGGGAUACAAAAACACGAGUGUUUAUUUAUGAGAAAAAAAAAUGACGGUGAUCACCACCCACCUCACACCUGACCCUAAUGUAACUUUUAAGUUAAAACUUUUACUUUGUAGAUAAUAUAAAUAAUUUAAAAAAAUGAGCCAAAAAAACUACAAAAUAAAAAAAGUUUUAAAAACUGAA